AGUACACUUUAGAUUCUUGUUAAUCGCACAUGCAAUCAAACCAACCAGGAUAAAUUUAAUUAUCCUGGAUUUCUAUUCCAUCCGUUACAUUAAACAUACACAUUUUUGAUUCAUGAGCGAUUGUCAAAAACAUUAUUCAAAACCACGACAGUGAUUAAAUAUGAGAGUAAUUAAAAAAAAAACUUGAUACAUUAAAAAAAGUAAUUUUAGAACCCGUAAAAAACUUUCUAAAAUAAAGAAUCCUUGUAAGAAGCAAUAACAAAAACGUAAAACAAAACUUGUGAUAAACAUAUGUAGAGCUUCGAUUAUGAAACUGUCAAUUGCCGAUCAGCCAAGAUCACGAAGAAUAUCUAUUGGGACAAAAACAGAAACAACGGAAAUAAUGAACGAGGUGGGAGUAAGAAUGGGCUGCUUCCGCGUUAAUCCAGGAUCACGAGAAGGACGACGGCUCUAUUUAAUACAAAUGAUCCUACUUCCGUUUGUACCGAUUAUCGCUUUGAUUGCUCAAAGUUGUCACAACAUGGCUUCCGCUUCCCGUGCACUUCGCUAUGCCGAGUAUACUAAGCAACAGAUCAGUCUCACAGUUGAACUCGGUCGGUUACUUGUGGCUUUUCAAAAGGAACGAGCUGAAAGUGCGCUUUACAUUAUUGGAAAGAAUGAGAACUGGACGAGCUUGAACGAUACGUUUUCUCGCACCAACGACGUCCUCAGAAAUAUCAACAGAACUAUGAGCAACGACGAUUCCACCGGAGGCAUGUUGUUGCAUUUGGCAAAUUUUAGCUACAUACGGAAUGAAAUCAUCGAAAUGGCAAUUGAAAACUCGUCCGUCAAAGGUGAAAUAGCUGAACGUACAACCAGUUGGUACGUCAAUGUCAAUCAUUACAUUCUUGAACAAAUUUCCCGAAGAAUUGGAGAAACGGCAACAGGUGACACAUGGAGAUUGAUGAUCGCCUACAAGUACAUAUUACAGGCUAUAGAGCAUCUGACUAUAUCGAUAGUGUAUGGAUUGCAAAAAUACAGUAGCGGCCACUUACUAAUUCCUGGACUCAUGUCUUACGUAGAGCAUGAUACACUUGCACAUGAGUAUUUGAAUGCCAUAAAUCAUUUCGCGCCGAAUCUUACAAAGAAAACAGAACAGUCCGAUGUAUACGGCCUAAUGAUGGAUAGUCGCAGACACAUUUAUACGAAUGAGAUGGGACCUUUUGACAAAAUAAAUACGGUGAAUAAUUAUUACACAAUAAUGGAGGAUUACGUGCACUUGCUACGCAAUUGCGAGAGUGAACUGCAAGAGGCAAUAAGGCAGCAACUUUAUGUCGAAAUGAGAUCUGCAUCCAGUCAACAAGCAGCUCUAAUAGCCAUUCUGGUUUUAAUACUUAUUAUAUCACCUAUCAUUAUACUACUGGUGCGAAACGCCACCAUGACCAUUCAAAAAUUUGCCGAUACGUUAGUAUUAAGAGCGCACGAGCUAAGAUGUGAAAAGGGUAAAAGCGAUCGAUUACUUUAUCAGAUGUUACCACCUGCAGUGGUUAGGCAGCUAAAACAACAAAGACAGGUCCCAGCAGAGAACUUUGACUCAGUGACAAUUUAUUUCAGCGAUAUAGUCGGCUUUACCAAAUUAAGUGCCAAAAGCACGCCCAUGGAAGUGGUCAAUUUGUUAAACACACUUUACAGGCUGUUUGACUCGCGAAUUCGUAAAUACGACGUCUACAAGGUAGAAACCAUUGGAGAUGCGUAUAUGGUAGUCAGUGGACUACCGCAGAGGAAUGGUAGUCGUCACGUAGCCGAAAUUGCAACGAUGUCCCUGGAUUUAUUGGCUGGUAUUCGGUGCUAUGUAAUACCUCACAAGCCAGAAGAGAAACUGGAAAUUCGAAUAGGAAUUAAUACUGGACCAUGUGUUGCUGGAAUUGUGGGAACCACCAUGCCACGUUAUUGUCUUUUUGGAGAUACCAUAAACACAGCUAGCCGGAUGGAAUCCACCGGGGAAGCUAUGAAGAUACACAUAUCUCAAAGCACAAAGGAAGCCCUUGAUCUUCUUGGUGGUUAUACAACCGAAUUAAGAGGAAGUAUGGAAGUCAAGGGCAAAGGGCUAAUGAAUACAUACUGGUUAACUGGUAAGGAUUGCACACCAGAAAUACAAAUGGAUUAUGAAGAUAUGCAAAUAGCAUCAGAUGAUAUUAUCAACCCUGAAUUUCUUCAGAUAAUAAGCAGCGAUAAUGAAAUAUUUUAUAGUUAAAAAGUAGCUAUGUCCAUAGAACUAUUUAUGUAAAGAGGAACAGAAAAUCUCUAUUUUAUGUUAUGACAGGAAAGUGGC